AUGACAAGUUCCAAAAGGAAGAUAUCUUUUCCCCCGGACUCUGUCCUGACAGCUAUUAUCCAGGAUGGUGAUAUUGCCGAACUGACACGGAUACUGCAGGCAUCGUCGCCCUGCGUGGACGUCAACACCGGCAGCCACACCGGACUGACUGCCCUCCACCACGGUGUCCUCAGCAACAACCUGGAUGCUGUGAAACUUCUUCUCACACACGGAGCUCGCGUUAAUACUCAGGAUAUUCAUGGGUUUACUCCGCUCCAUACGGCCUCUGCUUGUGGAUUUCUUCAAGUGGCCAGUAUGUUGCUUCUAUACGGAGCAGACGUGUUUGCUCUCACUCGACAAUCAGAACUGCCCAUAGAUCUCGCCAAGGAUAUAGGUGUCGUCCGGUUGAUAUCAGAGGAGAUGACACGUCAAAUACACGCCGAGUUGUUUGUGCCGUCUAUUGUAAUAGCAAAAUUCUGGGAGUUGUGUGUCCUUUGCCAAAAGAUUAUCAUUUUGCUAUUGACGCUGUGUUCUCAGAAGCUGAAAGAAGUUUGGCAUCGUUACAGACGAAAACAGGAUUGA